AUGUGUGAACUGGAUAGCUGGAGAGAACUGCUCGUGUUCAUUUUGCUCCAUCGUCAGAUCAAACUCCCAUUACAAAGAAAACUUCUGCUUUUGAGAAUGGGAACCUAUCUCGGAAAAUCUCUAGUGCAAAGCUCCUGGAAGCUUGGAAGAAAGGCCACUUUCUGCAAGCAUCUCUUACUUGUGAAAAGCAUGACACUCAGUUCUUUUGAAGCUGACUUUGUCAGAAGGAGGCUGAACUUGCUUCACAUGUCACGUCUGGCAUCAAUGGAAUCUAUCUGUGAUUCUCUUGCUAACGAGCUGGUCAAAAUGACAGUGCAAUGUGAGAAGUUGCAUGGGGAGGCUGCUGUAUUACCUGGCUUACGAUCAGAGCUAGAAGCACUAAGGAGGAGGCACUCUGCUGCUUUGGAAUUGAUGGGCGAAUGUGAUGAAGAGUUACAAGAAAUUCGCAUAGCGCACACACACAUGUGCGUUGAGCGAAUUAAUGAAGUUAAGUGGCUUAAAAGACGUGACGAAAGGCAGAACAUCUCUGACACAGGAAAAUAG